CCCAGCGCAGGAGAAAAUUCAACGCAAUGGUCCAAUGCACAUAGCAGCCCCUAAGGCCCUCUACGCGUCGCCGCCGUCGCCGUCGCCCUCCACCUCCUCCUCCGCUGGAGAAUUUUCAAAUUUUGUCAACAUUCCAUUGAGAUUUCUUUUUCUAUCCCUUCUUCACAUUGGUCCUUUCUUCCGCUGGACAUCUCCCCCUUAUUUUAACUUAUUAGUACUGCUAGUGAAGAAGAUAAUAAUAAAGAUAUAUUAUUGCCUUUGGACUCUAAUAUUUCUCUCACAUUUUCAAUCUUUCUGCACAAUCCAAAAAGGAUAAAGAAGAAGAAGAAGAUAGCAUCGCCUCCAGUACAGAUCCUCAGCUGUGCGAGCCUUCAGAUUCGUCCUCCAUCUUCGUCUUUCUAGGGUUCUUUCCCUCUGACUGCACCGAGGCUUUCCAAGGUGCUGAUGUCUGUUUGAACUGGGCUAUCCUACAUCCCUGGUGGAUGCAGGAGUUUCCACUUUUAUUUGGAUUAUCGCUGUUUAAGCAUCAGCAACGCUAAUAGUCUACAUUCUUCAUUUUCUGAGAGCUAAUAGGCUACCUUUUUAAAUCUUUAUUCAAUGGGGGAGUGGAUUAUUGGAGCCUUCAUCAAUCUCUUUGGCAGCAUUGCUAUCAAUUUUGGGACCAACCUUCUUAAAUUGGGACACGAUGAGAGAGAAAGGCAAUCUGCACAAGGUAUCGAUGGAACUAAUGGAAAGCACAUAAUAUACUUCCAGAGUUGGAGAGUUGGUAUUCUAUUUUUCGCUUUUGGGAAUUGUCUCAAUUUCAUCUCUUUUGGCUAUGCUGCACAGUCACUUCUUGCAGCUCUUGGGUCUAUACAGUUCGUCUCAAAUAUUGCUUUUGCCUACUUUGUCUUGAACAAAACAGUGACGGUUAAAGUACUGAUUGCCACCGCUUUCAUUGUCCUUGGAAACAUUUUUCUGGUUGCGUUUGGCAACCAUCAAUCACCUGUAUUCACUCCAGAGCAGUUGGCAGAGAAGUACAGCAACGUGACUUUUCUUCUGUAUUGUCUGAUUUUGGUCUUAGUGGUUGCCUUGCAUCACUCAAUUUACAGGAGAGGAGAGUUGCUGCUUGCUGUCCCUGGUCAGGACCUUAAACCGUACUGGCAAAUGUUGCUUCCAUUUUCAUAUGCUAUUGUUUCUGGGGCUGUGGGAUCAUGUUCAGUAUUAUUUGCUAAAUCUCUCUCAAACCUUUUAAGAUUGUCCCUUUCAAGUGGUUAUCAGUUGCAUAGCUGGUUCACUUACUCAAUGCUUUUAUUGUUUCUUAGUACGGCUGGAUUUUGGAUGGCCAGGCUAAACGAGGGAUUGUCAUUGUUUGACGCAAUACUAAUCGUGCCAAUGUUUCAGAUUGCUUGGACCUUUUUCUCCAUUUGUACAGGAUUUGUGUAUUUUCAGGAGUACCAGGUUUUGGAUGCGCUACGAACAACGAUGUUUGUGCUUGGGGUGAUCUCUGUAUUCAUUGGCAUUUCUUUGCUAGCACCUGAUGAUUUGAAAGGAGGUGAAGCCAAGGAUACUUCAUUAGUAUCUGUGACUUCAAGUUUGCCAACUGAUGUAGACAGGCUGGUGAUACCAUAUGAAGAUUCCCAAAUAAAAGAUAUAAGUUCUUUUGCCCGAGCUAUGAAGGUGAAGGCUGCAAAUGUGGUGGUUAAGGCAAAGGCUGCAUGUUCGUUAUCCCUGGGUUUGGGAGAAGACUCGCUUCAUGCAUCUUCGGUGCUUGUAAUGCCGAUGGUCUCUUCCAAAAUGACUGGGUUUCGAGGGAGCGGUUUUGGUCGAACUAAAUUAUUCUCCCCACGAGGCUCAGGUUGGAGUAAGAUCUCAGUUGAUGAGGAGGAUAGAGAGAGUAUGUUGGAGACGACUUCUAUGCUCCCACAGACCAUCAGCAUCAGUUGAGGCUUAACUAUAGCUGCUGGCAUCAGCCACAGAUAUUGCUAGGAACAUGGUAUACUUUUAUCUGUGCCUGUGUAGUUUGUUGUACAUCUUGCUGGAAUGCACAUAAUAUGCAACCACGCAUAUAUAGACAUGAACUCAUUUGAGUAGAACGAUGGUACUAUAGAGCAUACAACACGUUUUCUACCUUAGCGAUUGGACUAGAGAAGAACAUACGUUGUGUCCAACGUUGUAAAUUGGAUGUCAUUCAUGAAAUUCUUUUUUCCCUGAUUGAUUGAAUAAAUAAAUGAUUCUUGAGACGAUGCAUCUAA